AUGUCUUUUAGUGCAGAAAUAUUCAAGAAUAAGUUGUCAGUCCUCGAUGAUAGUCAGGACUCUAUUGUAUCAAUAUCACAGUGGGUUUUGUUCCAUCAUAGACAUAGCAAAGAUGCAGCCAAAAUAUGGUUAAAUUAUAUAUCAAGCACUGCAAAUCCUUCAGCAUCAAGCUUGAAGAAUCCAUCUCAGAAGAGAUUGUCUUUAUUAUACCUUUGUAAUGAUGUGGUACAACAAGCGAAACGAAAAAGAAAAGAUGAGUUUAUUGUCGAUUUUGCUGGAGUUUUGCCGUCUGCUUUAAGAUAUACAUAUAUAACUGUCGAAGAUCCUAUCAAAGCAAAAAUUGAAAGAUUGGUUAAUGUUUGGGAGGAAAGACAAGUUUUCGCUGCCAAUGAUAUUUCGAAAAUGAAAGAGGCUAUUGAAUCGGCCAAAAGGAAUCCCCAUCUUGAAUCAGCAGAAUUGAAUGCAAGUAGUACUGAAAGCAUUAAUAAUAAUAAGAUUGAAACACAAAAAAAGUCAAAUAGUAUUGAUAAAGCAAAAGUUUCAUCUGAACUAGAAGAUUUAAAUGAAUUGUACUUGUUGUUAAGUAGAUUGACAGAUAUAGCACAAACAAACUUAACUCAAUAUGGAAUCCAAUCAAAAACAUAUUUACCUCACGACCCAACUCUUAAUGAUUCAUUACCUGCUCCUAAAGCUUACAUCUCCAAAUUGAAUACAUUAGAAAAAAUUAGUAAUGCUUCUAUCCGAAGUAUUGAUGAUUUAAAACUGGUAAAAUCUCAAAUUAAAGAGGCAUUGUCUAACCUUGAACUUUCCAUCACAGAAAGUUUAAAAACGGAUGAAACAAAAUUAAAGAUUAUCGAAGAUAAAUUGAUAAGAUUAAAUUCAACAAGAGAAGAAUUACAAGAGAUGAUCGAUGAAGAGAAUUCAAACUCACAAACUAAUAAUUCCGAUGAUGAAGAACCUUCUCCAGAAUUUGAAGUGAAUAAUUCAGACAAGAUCAGCAAUUCUCUAGCCAACACAAAUUAUAAUACUAAACUACAAGAUUCCGAUGAUGAAGACUUAGUUCCUACAUAUGACACCGAUGAUGACGAUGACGAAGACAAUAAUAAUAAUUCUGAAGAUCAUAGCAACAAUGGUAACGGCAAUAAAGCCAAAGCUCUGAAUGGAGAUGGUGAGAUACGGUCAAACAAAAAACGAAGACUCUCUCAGACUCCAUCCGGUGGAUCAACGCCGUCAUCUCUUAAGCGAGUAGCGUUUUCAGAAGAUAUCGAAGUUAAGGAGUACGAAGCAGAAGACGAAUCAGGAAUAAUCAACAUAGUAAAGAGUGACGAUGACACCAGUGAUUUUGACGUUUAUUAUAGCGACAAUGAAGACGAUUUUGACAAUGAAUUUCCAAGUCAUCAUAAAGAUGACUUGGAAUUAAAGCAUGAUCAUGAUCAUGCAGACUAUGAUGAAUAUGAUCCGUCUUUGACUGAUACCAAUUCAACAGUUUCGAACAAUACAGAGAAUUCUACAGACAUUGCAAGUAUUUUAUCUAAAUUAUCCUAA